CACGAUCGGUUCUUGUCUUUUGACCAGCUCUGUCCUUGGCGUCCGCCGGCCAUUAAUAUUUCUGCAAAUUGAUUACAACUUCUCGAUGCCUGUAGUCUUUCAAGGUCUAAAUUAUCAUGUCAACCAGCCCAACCACGAUGAGAGCCGACUAUUUGAUUGCCUGAUUCCCGACGGCAGGCACUGCAAACACAUGGAUACCAAUCGACACCUCACCUGAGGUACUUCCGCACGUCGAUCCCAACAGAAGUACUCAUGUGUUAUGAUCUUUGACCUAGGCCGCCCCGGUUCCCUUUGACCCCAUAUCUCAGGUUUCAGUCGCUUUGGCCUUCCUCUUUGACACCCUGUAACGCAUAUAAUAGUUCGCAUGGACUCCACGAGAAACUAUCCUAUUCAUCCUGUAUCUCUCAACAGUAUGCCUGCGGACAUUUCUAGGAAGCCAUGCUCAUCUCCUACGGGCGGCGCUGUGAAUCACGUUCAUGACUAUCUCAGCAAGACGCGAACAAGUAUGCUUCUACGGGAUGUCCCUAAUCUUCCCACGAAUCUCCUCGCUCGUGCUCGAGGUGCACGUACCAACUCGGACGAAAACAACGACCUGCUUGAGUUUAUCGGCGAUCGAGCUUUGAACCUUGCCGUCGCUAUUUUGGUGGAGAAAAACAAAAUCAACAGGGCACACCAUUCGACUGUCCGUCGGGUUGUCUGCAGCAAUGACACAAUAGGACGUCUCGCUUUUUGCUUGCGCUUCCACGUACAAGCCAAUACCGACGCACAAGACCGUUUCAGUAUCGACGAAUGGCACCCUCUGUCUAAUGAUCAUCCACCCAAGGUUCUUGCCGAUCUUUUCGAAGCGUAUGUUGGGGCCGUUUUUGUUCAACACGGAUGGUCCAUCCUCGAACGCUGGCUGAACAAGUUGUUUACUCCCAUUGUCAAAGCUGCCACUGGAGACUUUUGGCUGUCAGUCUCGCCGGAGCAACUCUUUGGUAUCUCCUCGAAGACGCCGAAGAUCAAGGUCAUGGCUCCUGAGACUAAGUCCCAAGGCAAACUGCUGGCCUAUAUCGAAUUCAAGCGUGACGUGCUGACUGCUCAGGGCAAACUAGCUGUGAGCGCCUUACCACCUGGAACGAAGUAUCGAUUUGAUCAGCGGACGCUGCGACUGCAAGACCCAGAUGCAGAGAGGGUCGAAGUCGCUGUUCAUCUUAUUAACAUGUGGAUAUGUCAAAUUGUGAUCAAUUUCUGGCCUGAAUAUCAUACGGCCAGAGCUAGAGCAGCUCACAUGCUAUCGGGGAUCACAGGUCUCAUUGUCAGCGAACGUGUGUUAGCAUACCUAGCGUCACAACUCAGUCUGGAUGAUUUCUUCACCGUCAUAGACAGCACAGCCCAGUUAGAGGAUCCGUUAUGUCUCAGCUCUACGGACAAUAUCCAACGUGUCUCAAAGGACAGACGUAAAAGAUACGAACCGCCGACAGCACACCAACGGGCUCUGAUGCUCAAAGCCACGAUAGGAUGGUAUCAUCAUCAAGACUCCGAUGCUGCCAAUCGUUGGGGUAAAGUGUGGUUACGACCAAUUGUCAUACGCGCGCACGACAUCUUGGUCGAAAUGCAAGGAUUCCGUCCACUGGUUUCCAAGAACAACCAACCGGAUAUCCUAGCACGUCAAAAGGAUGCCCUUGCAUCACUGGUCGCUGGACUUGGCUCACUGCAGAUUAGCUCUCCCAACGUCGGCCAGUCCAAAUCCACAGACAACAACAAGUUGCCUGAUACACACGACGCCGAAGAGGAGGAGCAUUUGUGUUUGACCUCUUCUGCAGAGGAAACCAAAUCCUCAAGGCUGCCUUCGGGAAAGCUUCGCGUUGUCGUGCACUCCAAGCUGGGUGCCACUCAGGAAUCUUCAUCGGGGUCCCAGGAAUCGUCAGCAAGAGAUCAUUCCAACGACGAUGCACUAAUUGAAGCCUUGUCCACUCUUACUCUAGAGCCAGGAGAGUCAGAAGCAAUGAUUCACACUACCUCGGUCCGAUCUUUACACUCAUCCACCAAGAGUGUGUCUUCUGACACUGGAAGCAAAUGGCGUCCCAUUGGGCAGCCUGCGAUACCCAUCGAUGUAACGGUGAGCUCGUAUCCUCCUAGCGAAAGCCCAACCACAUUGGAGCAUCCCCCUACCUCUGAGUCAGCGCUAACUGGUGAUGGUUGGAUCUGUGAAAGAGCAUGCGAUUGUCAAUCGGUUUGGUGAAGAAUCUCCUAGCCGGUCGAAAUGGAGACCCAUCGGUGCUGCGGAUACUGAUGAGAACCUGCGUCCUGCAAACCCGGAAACAAGCCAACCAAAUAUACCCGAAAGCGAAGACAAGCCUGGAACAACCGCUACGAACUCGUCCCCUACGGAGCCUGCAGUACUUCAACAAGUGCUCAAUAAUACUAAGCCAGACGUGGCCCCCAAGGCGUCCAAACCUCAUAAAUUAGAGACCAUCACGAUGUUUGUUCCUAGGGCCGUGCAAUCCAAGAGAGCGUAGAUUCUACGGCUUGCGUACCAGACUUCACCGAUGCUAUAUCUUUACAUGUCUACACUUCCAACAAUCAUAGAGAUACCACAUGCAUGGAUUCCGCUAUAAUACAGUCCUAUAUCAUUCAUCC